CUUGAGUGAGAAUACUACCAUUUCUCAACUCACUUUACAAUCCAAAACCACCAAACAACAAUGCUUCCGGAAACCACAAACCCCUACCCCAUCAAAACAGUGGUAGUUUUAGUCCAAGAAAACCGGUCAUUUGAUCACAUACUAGGUUGGAUGAAAACCCUAAACCCAGAAAUCAAUGGCGUCACCGGCACAGAAUCAAACCCUAUCUCCACUUCGGACCCCACCUCGAACCGGGUGUACUACGGAGACCGGUCCGGCUACGUCGAACCGGACCCAGGUCACUCCUUCGAAGCAACAUACGAGCAAAUCUUCGGCCUUCCAUGGAGUUCUGACUCAUCAUCAUAUUCCCAAAAUCCUCCUCCCACCAUGGAAGGGUUUGCCCACCAAGCUGAAACUAUAGAGAAAGGAAUGUCGGAGGUGGUGAUGAAUGGGUUCAAACCGCGGUCAAUCCCGGUUUACAGAGAGUUGGUGUCAGAGUUUGCAGUUUGCGACCGGUGGUUUUCGUCUAUACCGACGUUGACUCAACCAAACCGGCUGUAUAUUCACUCUGCGACGUCGUAUGGCGCCAUUGCUAAUGACAAUAAGAUGUUGAUUGAAGGGUAUCCACAGAAGACCAUUUUUGAGUCGUUGGAUGAAGCUGGUUUGUCUUUUGGAAUUUACAGUCAGUACCCCUCAACUAUAUUUUUCUACAGGUGA